GCUGCGUGUGUUGUGCAAAUAAAUGACCUGAGGUAAAUGGCUUGCAUGGUUUAUUUGUUGCCUAGGUGGCGUUCACAGACAGGAAGUCAUGUCCAGAUCGGGUGAUAGAACAUCCACCUUUGACCCAACACACAGUGACACCCUGCUGCACGGGCUCAACCUCCUGUGGAGGAAGCAGCUUUUCUGUGAUGUGACUCUCACUGCCCAGGGACAACAGUUCCACUGCCACAAAGCCGUGCUGGCGUCCUGCUCCCAGUACUUCAGAUCCCUCUUCUCCUCCCAUAAUGUGAUCAACAACGAGCGGAGCAAAGGGGACCAGGGCAGCAGUGGGACCCCCUCAUCCUCUCCUGAUGACAAGCUGGUGACCCCCAGCGCCAGGCCCAUCAACAACCUGGUGCUCCAGGGCUGCUCCUCCGUUGGACUGCGAUUAGUGCUGGAGUACCUCUACACUGCCAACGUGACUCUUUCCCUGGACACAGUGGAAGAGGUGCUGUCAGUGAGCAAGAUCCUCAACAUCCCCCAGAUCACUAAGCUCAGCGUGCAGUUCCUCAACGACCAGAUCUCCGUGCAGAACUACAAGCAGAUCUGCAAGAUCGCUGCACUGCACGGACUGGACGAGACCAAGAAGCUGGCCAACAAGUACCUGGUGGAGGAUGUGCUCCUGCUGAACUUUGAGGAGAUGUGCGCCAUGCUGGAUGCUCUGCCACCCCCAGUUGAGUCUGAGCUGGCCCUCUUCCAGAUGUCAGUCCUCUGGCUGGAGCAUGACCGGGAGACUCGCAUGCACUAUGCCCCAGACCUCAUGAAGAGGCUGCGCUUCGCCCUCAUACCUGCCCCAGAGCUGGUGGAGAGGGUGCAGUCUGUUGACUUCAUGAGGAGUGACCCGGUGUGCCAGAAACUACUCAUGGAUGCCAUGAACUACCACCUGAUGCCCUUCAGGCAGCACUGCAGGCAGACCCUGUCCAGCAGAAUCCGUUCCAAUAAGCGACUGCUGUUACUGGUGGGUGGCUUGCCUCCUGGACCCGAUCGUCUCCCCAGCAAUUUGGUCCAGUAUUAUGACGACGAGAAAAAGACAUGGAAGAUCCUCACAAUAAUGCCUUACAACAGCGCCCAUCACUGCGUGGUGGAGGUGGAGAACUUCCUGCUGCUGAUGGGUGGAGAGGACCAGUGGAACCCCAACGGAAAGCACAGCACUAACUUCGUCAGCCGCUAUGAUCCCAGAUUCAACAGCUGGAUACAGUUGCCCCCCAUGCAGGAGAGGAGAGCCAGCUUCUUCGCCUGCCGCCUGGAGAAGCACCUGUACGUGAUCGGCGGUCGGAAUGAGACGGGCUACCUCUCCAGCGUGGAGUCCUACAACCUGGAGACCAAUGAGUGGAACUACGUGUCGUCCCUGCCGCAGCCUCUGGCCGCCCAUGCAGGAUCGGUACACAACGGCAAGAUCUACAUAUCAGGAGGAGUACACAAUGGGGAGUAUGUGUCCUGGCUCUACUGUUAUGACCCCGUAAUGGACGUGUGGGCCAGGAAACAGGAUAUGAACACAAAGCGAGCUAUUCAUGCCCUAGCGGGAAUGAACGACCGCCUGUACGCUAUUGGUGGAAACCAUUUGAAAGGUUUCUCUCACCUGGACGUGAUGUUGGUCGAGUGUUACGACCCGAAAGCCGACCAGUGGAACAUCCUGCAGACUCCCAUCCUGGAGGGUCGCAGCGGCCCGGGCUGCGCGGUUCUGGACGACAGCAUCUUCCUCGUGGGCGGAUACAGCUGGAGCAUGGGAGCCUAUAAGUCUUCCACCAUCUGCUACAGCCCAGAGAAAGCAACAUGGACAGAGUUGGAGGGAGAGGUGGCAGAGCCUUUAGCGGGCCCAGCCUGUUCCACCGUCAUUCUGCCCGCCUGCCUCCCUUUUAACAAAUGACAACUAAUCCGAGCGCCGGGCGUCCGGGGCGAGAAGCGGCAGAGAGACUGGGGGGAGGACCAUCAAUAAGCAAAACAGGUGUCAACUACUUUGUGACGAGCCCUGCGGUCAGACGACGAGCGUGUGUAUAAAUUAUUUUUUUACAGGUUUGACCAGAGCACUUUCGUUAUUACCUGCUGAAGGUUUGAGGGGGAAGAAAAAAAAAACAAAGAAGAAGAAGAAAAUUGUGUAACUCAUGUAUUUAAACUCAUCUGUGCUAUGAGAAAAAUUGUCCGUUUCAUAUUUGGUUUGAUUUAAGCUGAUAGUAAGUGUUUUUUGGCUUCUCUUCUAUAGCACGCAUAGUGUUGAACUGAAUUAUAGCUUUCAGAUCCAUUGUACCUUGUAUUCAGUAGAUGCAUAAUUCCAGCAAAAUGCAGUGUUGCUUCACGGACUGACGCUGGGAAGAAGGUGAUUCGUCACCGGGUUAAGUUAAACUAGAGCUGGGUGAGUUACAUUCAUUGUGAUGAUCAAAAGUGUAUAAAUAUUCCUCAUGGCUCAUGUUAUUAGUCAUUUUCCUCUGGCUGGAUCGUGUACCUACCCUGCUGAGUCACAUGGUCAGAUCAUUAUGCAACUGUUUUGUUGUCUUCCUCUGCAAAUGAGCAUUUCAGAAAACCUAACUAGAUCCACAAGCAAGAGUCCCGGGGUCCAAGCAACCAGGAGGACAUUGUAAAAUAAAAACACACAAUGAUCUUUACGACGAUGUGUCUGCAUCACCCAGCCCUAAGUUUUGACUAAUAAUUGACGCCCAAGCUAAAGUCAUGUUUCUGUAAUAUCUUGCUGAACAGAGAGUUCCCUUACAGGUCAUCUGCUUGACAGAAAAAAAAAAAUAAUCUUGCCAAAUGUUCAUGGCAGCUAAUCUUCCUGCAGCAAAACAAUUUAAGAAUUUACCAUUGAUUCUUAAUGUUCAUAUGACGCACUAAUGUUAAUUAUACGAUGAUGGUACAAUCAAAUUGUAAUGGCUAGCCAGUGUAUUUAUGGGUAGCAUGUUUGGGUAAACAGAUGGUGAGGAUGUUUGUUGGGUUUGUUUCUCCUUUACAAGUGAAUGUUAACAGGUCUGUUUAUGAGGCCACACAGCGUUACCUUGAUGGGAUAUUAAUCUUUAAUGUACCAAAAGCAAACAAACAAACAUAAAGUGGUCUGUGAUGCACUAAAAGUGAACUCUUUGAUUCAGCGAACAAAGUUUCACUCAAAUGUAAAUGAAAUUAAUGUGACGUGUUUAAAGAAAAGAUAUCUUCAGUGCAAUUAAUUCUAAGUCCAGUCCAGUAUUUCGUUAUUAGGUUCGAAAAAGUUGACUCUAAAUAUGGAUGCGGUACCUGUCGAAUUCUGUACAGAUUUGCUGAUUUCAUUCUUGUACAUAAUCGCUUGCAGUGAAACAUUUUUGUGCACUUGACCUCGGAUUUAUUCUCAAAUCCUGUUAUGUCCUUUGAAUUUUAGAAUAU